CCGUUGCAACCAGCAGCUCGCUACUCGCGAGGACGUUGUGUCCUCUCUUCUGGACUUGAGCAUGCUCUUGGCUCGUCAGGAGCGACUCACCCUCCAUGUCGCUGCCCUGCAUCGCCUUCUCACCAUCCUCUCUGACCGUGAUCGCACCCUCCCGAUCAUCCGAGUACGAUUGGGGACCUCCACGAGGGUGUACUCAGCGCUGUGGGAUUCAGGUUCUCAGGGCGACUUCAUUUACCCCCGUGUGGUGAAAGAAGCCCGCUUACCUACGACCGGGUCUCCGUCUCCCAUCUCUGUCACCCUAGGGGACGACAAGACCCAGCGCUUCUUCGAUCAGACGGUCACCGACCUCCCUUUCUUCCUCACUCUCGAGCCGACUGAUCGUUCCCCGGCGUCUCGUCGCCACCGCUUCUCUGCAUAUUUUGAUGUGAUGGAGACGGGGUACGACUUGAUUCUCGACACUCCGUGGUCUCGUCGGUUCCGCAGCACCGAGGACGAUUCGGCGACCAACACUCUCGUUCUCAAAACGAAGUGUGGACAGACGUAUCGCGUACCUUUCAUAGGUACCCCCGCGACACCACGCCCCGAUCCUCCUCCCCCGGAGCCUUCCGUGCCCACACCACCUCCUUCUAUCACUGUCACCUCGCCUCGACAGUUUGCCCACUUCAUCCGACAGGACGACAUCACCUUCUUUAUGGUGAACGUGACGGAUCUCUUACACUAUGAUCCACCAUGUCCCGACGCCGAGCUCAUCCCUCUGGAGCCAGAUCCUCCUAUCUCCAUGGCUCCCAUCUCUACUUCCGUCCUUCCGCCAUCCGUCGAGUCCACUCCGCUAUCGCGCACUGACGCUGACGCUGAGGAACUCACACGAUAUACGGCUGACCUGGAGCCCGCAGUUUGUGACCUCAUCCGAGAGUACCACGACGUUUUCCCAUCGUCAUUCUUGUACGCCGGCAUCCCACCGAUGCGUGACGUCGAGCACUCCAUUCAGCUUAUGCCUGACUAUCGUGUUCACCACCAGGCACCCUACAGACUCUCGAUCCCCGAGGCCACCGAACUCAAGCGUCAGCUUGAGGAGCUCCUGAGACUGGGUUUCAUUAAAUCCAGCAACUCCCCAUGGGUUGCACCCGUCCUCUUUGCUCGCAAAGGGUUUGGAACUCUUCGUCUCUGCAUCGACUACCGCGGUCUCAACCGCUACACGAUUAAGAACAACUACCCCAUGCCUCGUUUCAAUAAGUUGUUCGACCGCCUAGCAGGCAACCGCUUCUUUACGAAGAUUGAUCUUCGUAGCGGUUACCAUCAGAUCUGCGUCGCUGCAGUCGACCAGCCGAAGACCGCGCUCCGAUCGCAAUUCGGCCACUACGAGUUCGCGGUGAUGCCAUUCGGCCUCACCAACGCACCCGCUACCUUCCAGAGGGCGAUGAACGACAUCUUCAGGGAAAUCCUGGAGCAGUACGUUCUCGUCUACCUCGACGAUAUCCUGGUCUAUAGUCGUACCCUUGAGGAGCACCUCAGACACCUCCGCGACAUCCUUGACCGCUUGCGSAGACAUGGCWUCUACGCCAAGCUDAGCAASUGCCGCUUUGCCCAGCACAAAGUGGAUUUCUUAGGACACUACGUGUCUGACCAGGGUCUCCACAUGGACGACGCGAAGAUCACUGCUAUUGCGGAGUGGCCCACCCCCACAUCCGCCAAGCAGCUUCGCAGCUUCCUAGGCCUGACCAGCUACUAUAGUAAUUUCAUCCGGGGAUACGCUAGGUAUUCCUACGUGCUUACCUCCACCCUUCUCCGGAAGAACCCACCCUGGGCUUGGACACCCCUCCACGAGGACGCCUUCCGCGCCCUCAAGAAGGCGGUGACAUGCGCACCGGUUCUUCACCUACCCGAUUUUGAUCGCCCUUUUAUCCUUACCACCGAUGCGUCAGACUUUGUUGUAGGAGCAGUGCUUUCUCAGGUCUUCCCCUCCUCUCCGGAUUCCUCUCAUCCUCGUAUCCCUCGCUUCCCACCACCUAUCCCUACCACUGCUUCCCGACUGACACCUACUCGUCCAGCUACUGACGAGCCAUCUAUUGACUAUUCUUCUACCAUCGUCGAGGACGGAACUGUCGAGUCUCGCUCAGGUGAUUGUUCGAUAGCCUUCUACUCCCGUCAGCUCCUGCCCGCCGAGAUAAACUACACCGCUGAUGAACAUGAGCUACGUGUCCGAGCAGUAGCAGAGUUCCAUGACCAGGCAGCCGCCGGUCAUAUGGGCUUCCACAAGACGUUGGCUCGUGUGAGCCGCCUGUACGUCUGGCCGAAGCGCAAGGACUUUGUGAAGGACUASGUCRCMGAGUGUCCCACCUGWMAGGAGGUGAACARUGCGAACCACCUACCUUAUGGUUUGCUCCARCCUCUUCYUAUCCCUGAGGGUCGUUGGCAGUCCAUCUCGAUGGACUUUAUCAGUCCUCUUCGUCCUCCGACCCCUCGCGGUCAUGAUGCUAUCCUGGUCGUCGUCGACCGCUUCACGAAGCGUGCAUGCUUUGUUUCGUGCCGCUAUGCCAUCAGUGCACGUGAGGUCGCCGACAUCGUAUUUGACGGAGUCGUGCGUGACCACGGCUUACCUCUGAGCAUCAUAUAUGAUCGUGACCCGUGCUUUACCAGCCGAUUCUGGCGACGGCUCCACGAGGUGUACAACACUCAGCUCCGCUUCUCCUCGUCUUACCAUCCUCAAACUGAUGGUCAGACCGAGAUCACGAGGAGGACUCUCGGAGAUAUUCUCCGAAAGAUUGUUCGUGACGACCAGCAGUGGGAUCUCCAUCUUGCCUACGUGGAGAUAGCCUACAACCACGUCGUCUCGCUAGCCACGGGGAUGUCGCCUUACUAUUGCGACCUCGGCUAUCACCCGCGUGUUCCCGCGGACUUCCUUCGACCGUCCCAGCUGCACCCCGACACGAGUUGUCCCUCGCUGAAUGAUUGGGUUGCACACAUGACGUCUAUYAUGAAGACCGCACAUGAGCACAUAGCCGCUUCCCAGACUCGCAUGGCAGCACGUGCGAACCGAUCGAGGAUGGAUCAUCCAUUCAAAGUCGGUGAUGAUGUGCUUAUCGACGCCCGCCACUUACAGCUCGAAGCGGACACGCUUCACAAUUUUCGGCGUCGCUUCUUUGGCCCAUGCCGCAUCCUCCAGGCCGUCAGUUCUAAUACGGCAUCUAGCCCGGUCAGCUUUCGUGUGAAGUUGCCCGACUACCUACGCCAGGCUCGUGUGCACGAUGUCUACCACGUCUCGUUACUGCGUGCUUACCACAGACCGUCUGAGCGUUUCGCUAGACGACCAUACGAGCGCCCUCCACCCAUCAUGGUGGACGGUCACGAGAAGUUCCUCGUUUCAGACAUCAUUGGUCGCCGAGUCACCGACGACAACCCUCCCCACGUCGAGUAUCUCGUACGUUGGAAGGGUUACCGUGAUGAGGAGGCCACCUGGGAGCCCCUCGAGCACUUGCAGCACACUCGCAUGUUGGUGCGUGCCUAUGACCGUGCUCGUCGUGCUGGGUUCCCUGCUCCUCCUCAGCCCACUGACCCUCCUCCUUCUCCCCCGACUGAGGAGACCGCUGAAGUCGAGCCUGCUCCAUCUGAGGCAGACCUUCAGCAGCAGCCGGAUGCUUCUGAGCGUCCACAGCGCACUCGUCGCCGUCCUGCUCGAUACGAGGAUUGACUCUGACCUACCUUCCCACAUCUUUGACUUCUUAGUACUCCAUCCUUAUCAGUUUUGCUACUUCAGCUCGUCGACGUUGCAGCUCUUCCUCG